UUUUUUCACUUUCUCUGUUCCAACUUGAAAGUUGAAACUCCACUAAACCCAACUCAACUCAAAUCACUUACUUACUCACUGUGUUUGUUUCUUCUACUUCCCUUUGCUACUUAUCAGCUCAAUUUCAAACAUGAAGUUGCCAAGCUCUUCCCCUUCUUUUUCUUCAUGUUCCUCAUUAUCAUCAACCUCCACUGCUUUUGAUGCAGCUAUGUGCAAUUCAAAAGGCGCUGCUGCAGGAUGCCUUGCUGGCAUUUUCCGCAGAAUUCUCUGCUAUGGCAGCUUCCCCACAUACCCUUCUGAUCAUAUCACAGAAGAAGAAGAACAAGCAGCCAAUUCUGCGGAGUCUUACAAGGAUCAGGAUUUCAAGUCCAUGGAGAAAACAGAGAGUGCUGCCACUCCAAGCCUAGUGGCAAGGCUGAUGGGGUUGGAGUCAAUUCCAGAUGUCAACUUGGUCAACGGCCAGUCAACCCUUAACUCAAUUUCACGUAGCAAAUCCAUGAAUUCUGUGGACCGGUUUUCUGGAGGUGGUGAUGAUCCAAUGCAGGCACAACAUCGCAAGGUCAAGUCGACGCAGUCGUUUCGAGAGAUGCCAACAUUUCUUGAGCUUGAAAACGAGGAGUUCUUUAUUCUCAGCUUUGAGAAUGAGAGCAAAGUCAAGGAAAUGAGAUCAAAAGGGAGGAAAAGCGAAAUGGGUUGUAGAGAAGGGAAGCAGAAAAGAGCAGGGAAGAGCAAAAGCAAUGAAACCAUAACAGAAAGAGAGGCAGAUAAGAAAAAGAAGCAAGUUCAAGAAGGAAAGAGCAGAAGGGUUUUGAAGGAUUUGAAUGGGAGGGAGAUUCUCAGAAGUAGAAGUAGCUCUGAUAAUCCCAGUAACAAAGUUGGCAAUAUUAAUGGUAUAGUUAAAGAUUCAAAAAGUGCUUCAAUUCCUACAAUCUGUGAUGUUCUUAAGAAUGUAGAAUCUGAGUGCAGUUCAGAAGAUUUAAGCCCAGUUUCGGUUCUUGAUUGUGGUCAAUUUCUCGUUGAUCCAGAAGCUCCUACCUCAGAUCAAGAAGAUUCAGGCUUGCCUUGUCCAUGUAAAGACAAUGGUUUAAUUGGUGAUGCAAGAAGAACAAAGGCAAGAGAAGACAAAUGUCUCGGAUCAAGGAAGAAAGAGUUUCACAGUGGAAAGCACAUUGAGAUGUGUGGGGAAAUUUGUAGGCUGGUUGAAGAUGAAUUGGUUAGUUCAAAUUGGAUCAUACACAACAAAGGCAGUUGGAACCAAGCAGGUUCUGCAGGCAUUGGUGCAGAUUUUGAGUCUCAAAUUCUUGGUCAAUUAUUAGACGAGCUGGUAGAUCAAUUUGCUGACUUACCCUUGAAAAUUCAAAACCUGUAAGAUUUACAAACCUUUGUAACUUUGGCAUUACAAUAAAAUUAAACCAAACUAACAAAAUUAUUCUACCCCU